ACAGGGAGAUCAUGCCUGAACCGAAGUCAAAUGCUUAAUGGACUGAGCCGCCCAGGGGCCCUUCUUCACAUCCUCAUAAGAGUCUUAGUGGCCCCAUCUCUUUGGACUCUCCCAAGAUGCAAAGAGAGUUUCAGGAGAUUGAAAAAGGAAAGAGGGGAAGGGAGCUAUAAAGAAAUUUUGAACAACUGUCUAAGUUGGGACACUUUGGGUAGACACAGAGAAUGAGGUACCCAGCCUCUGAGAUGGCUGCACAAGCAAGCAGAACUGUGACAGAUCUCCAGAAGAGUUUGUGAGGGAGACAGCCAGCAGACAGGGGCCACGGAAGACAAGGCUUCAGGAGGGAGUGGCCUCCAGCGGCCCUGCUGACCCAGCAUUGGCUCCAUUCUGAGAGUAAUACCUAGAAAGAUUCUCAAAACAUGAAACACAGACCAGUUUUGUCAAAAUCACUCAGGGACGUGUCUAUGAAAACAGCCUGUCUCCUGGUCUCAGAAACCCAAAGGAACAAUCAUGAAUCUCCUACCACCUUGUCCCAUCUAUAGUCACACUCCCCACAGACCACAGUGCACCCAGCCAGCCCAGGGAAGAGGGGGGAAGACAUGGUUUCUUCUAUCUUAUUAUAGCUGAGCAGCAUUUCCUGUGCCCCAUGCUUCAUUAGAACAUCGGUGGUGUCAUUUCCUGUGACGACUCUCUGUUUCCAUUCUGGCAAAAUGUUUGCUCUUUUCUGUCUGCUUUGAGGGUUGGGGGAGGAUGGGUUUCUCACAGAGCCUCUCUCCCGGGCCUCUCAGCAGUUUCCCCCUCUUUGCCCCUCAAACUUCCACCAGAAGGCAGAGAGUAAAGCAUGCCCUGAACCACCUCGCUGGGGGACCGCCAUACCCGGCUUGAGCUCUCGCCUCCGGCUCUGUAGCCACAUCCAGAAGGGGCAACAUGCACUAGCCGAUGAUAACUGAGAGAAGGCUUACAAGGAGAAGCUGAAGCCAGAGAGGUUCCGUGGCAAUGGAUACGAUCACUCCAACUGUUUCAGAAAUCAGAGGGGGGACCUCGGAGGCCAGGACUCUGCAGGAAACUGGUGGCAGCCUGGACAGAGACAAAGACCACAGCAUGGUCAUCUUUUCUGGGUUUGCGGGAUUCCUCGCCAUCCUCCUGACCACCAUGAUCUUCUACGGCCUGUGGAACUGGAAUAAAUUGAAGAGACGACAACUUCCUUACUUCCGAGUUACCGUCAUGCCCUUACUGACUCUGUCUCGACCCAGACAAGGAGCCAAAAAUAUUUAUGACUGCUUGCCCCAGAGGCAAGAGGGGAGACGUCAGUCAAGGAGUAACCGAAUUUUCAGUACCGAAAGCCUCCUCUCCAGAAAUUCUGAGAGCCCUCCUUCUGAGCAUGUGUCCUCCCAAGCAGGCAAUGACCUCUGGGUGCACAGACACCAUUAUCCUGCCAAUGGCUACGCAGUGGGCAUCUAUGACAAUUCCACAGGGCUCCAGAUGCGUGGGGACCUCACUCCCUCUGCCCAAUAUGUCAAUGUCAGAGCAGCCGGAGACUGCCUGAGCAUUUCUUCAGAGGACUCGAGAGAUUACAUCAAUGUUCCCACCGCAGAACAGAUUGCUAAGACUCUUCUGGCUUCUGCCAACACCACCUCCACGAACAGUUUUGCCCCCCCAACUGCUCAGAAGCUGGAGCUUCCUGAGGAAAGAGAGAAGGGCUGUGGGAAUGCCACUGACCACACCGGUGUUUGGUCUCCAAGAUCAGAGAGUGAUGACCCACUCAGCAAUGAGGAAGGUUCUUCUGAGGCCUCAGAUGACUAUGUCAACAUGGCAGGGUUGAAUCUUGAGGCCACCCAGGGAAAGGAGCCCUGGAUGGCUUUUCAGUGCUGCAGAGAUUAUGAAAACGUCCCAUCGGCACAUGCCAAUGGAAACCAGCAGGCAGGGGAAGAAGUGACAUCCUCAGACACAAGCCAUGUAGAAGGCAGGACAGAUGCUCCAGGGACCCACGUCCAAUUUGUCAUGCAGUCAGGGAGGUUCCCUGAUCUCGGGGAUUAUGUGACCUAUCAGCCAUCUGCACAGAGUGAGACUAGUCAGAUGAAACUUGGAGAAGAAAUGCCAAAUGAGACCUCUAAUGACUACGAGAAUGUGUUACCUGCCAACUUAGGAGACAGGGACUCCAAGCAGGGGCCAGACGCAUGCUCCUUCCUGACAAAUUAGGCCCCAGGCACCCAGCUGGAGAGCGAUGUGGAGUGGUCUAUCCCUCCAAAGCCAUGGUCUGUAAAGACCCUUGAACAUCCUUGUAUUUCAGUGGGUUCCUCAAGUAGACUACAAAGAGGCUGAAAUACACAGGCGUUAACGAACUCACAAAUGCCAAGGUCUGGGAAAGCCAGAAAGGAAUUCUUCUGAAGCAGGGUGCUGUUAUCUCUCAUCCCAACCUACGAAUGUUUGCUGUAGCUGCCUUAGAGGAUGCUUAGUAGAUUAAAGAUAUGAUAGUAUGUUAGUGCCCAGUGGAAACAUGAAGCACUCUAAAAUCGUAAACUUCACAAAUAUCAGCAGGCUGCAAAGCAAGAAUACAAAUUAGUUUGUAAUCCAGGCAGAGGCCAAGUCAGAGUUGGGUGGGGCAGCAGUUUCCACUUGAAAAAGAGUGUGGACAACCAAAUGCUAGAGAAGGUGUGGAACACCAGCAAUGGUCAUUCAUCGCAAAGUGUAAUAACCACUCUGGAAAACUAUUCGAUAGUUUCUUAUAAGCGUGCAUUUAUUAUACAACCCCACCAUUCCACUACUAGGUGUUUACCCAAGAGAACUGAAAAUUGGUGUUCAUGCAAAAGCCCAUACACAACAAUUCAUAGCAGCUUUAUUCAUAAUGCCAAAACUAGAUGUCCUUCAACAGAUAAAUGGGAAAACAAGCAGUGGUAUAUCCACACAAUGGGGUUGUCUAUACCCAACAGGAAAAAGGAACAAACUACUGGUUCAUGCAACAACAUGGGAAGAUCUUAAGUGCAUUUUGCUAAGUGAAAGAAGAUAGGCCCCAAAAUCGACAUUGUGUAGGAUUCUAUUUACAUGACCUUUUGGAAAAGGCAAAACUAUAGGGAUGGAAGACAGAUGAGUGGUUGUUAGGUUUGGGGAAAGGGGAGAAGUUUACUACAAAGGAAUUUUUAGGAUAAUGGGGCUAUUCUGUAUUGGUACUGUGGUGGUGGAUACAUGACUCUGUAAAUUUGUCAGAACACCAAAAAACUAUAUAGCCCAAUGAGUGACUUUUAUUGUAUGUAAUUUUCUUUUAAUUAAACACGUUGUCAGGAGAAGCCAUGAUGGAAUGCAGAUUAAGACAAAUAAAACCUAACUGUAUUACAAACGUA